CUAGAAAAACUGAGUGCAACGAGGUACCGCUAUAAUGUCUAUCGGCAACUCUCCCAGUAUUUUCUCAAACAAUAGAAUCAACACAAGGAUAACAACUGAUUGCAUUCAAUAAAUUGAUGGCUACAAUGUCUUCCAUUCCGAGAGUUCUUACGAACAAGACAGUGCUUACGGGGUAGGUCCCUGUUUUUCGAGCGAAGCGAAAGUGAGGCAACGUGGAUAAUGCCUAAAUUCGACUUCUGGAUGCCCGCCUUUUUUGGUUCAAAUUUUGGUUUUGAUGCCGUUUGAAUCAUUCAUUUGAUAUACACGACAAUGAAGCCUGUGCUUCGCACUAUGCGUCAUCGCAAUGUUAUCUGUUUUCUCCAGUUUACAGCGAAACCCUAAUUUUCUUUUGUACUCAUUUACAUUUCAUACCUCUUAAAAGGAUUACGAAUUCAGGAUUGAACGAUUUCUCUGUCAUCAAACCAAUUUUCGGAAAAGCAGCGAGGAUGGGGAAAGUCAUCUCGACAGCUCCCACAGUAGUUUCUCCAAAGAUGAAAGGAACCUUCACGGCCGAUCUGAAUGCAGUUCGAAGCUGGGGUCCUUCGAAUUUGGGGAAGCCCAAUUGUGUCCUGAAAGGAAUUAAGUUUGGAAGUUAGCCAAAGCGACACUCUAAAGUCAAAAGUAAAGCCAUUGAAAUGUUUGUGGCCCUGCGAAAAUGAGGCUGCUAGAUUAUGGAAAUAUGGAGUAUCAAUCAGCAAUCUCUAUUCAGUGCAUUCAAAGGCACACGUAGCAUCUUUCGUCAUGCUCCAAGUAUUUAACGUGUUCUAAGUAUUGCUAAAUUUAGAAAUAGACCACUUCUGUGCAUAACCGACAAAAUGGCUUGUUCCGUCAUCGUAAUUCCUUUUUUUAAUUUUCAUUUCCAGGGAAGAAAUCAUAUUCAAAAUCGUAAUGAAAAAUGAAGCAACAU